UUCCCCGCCCUUCCCACCAGUCGGGAAGCCUGGAUUGUGGACUAGGGGAAGCCACAGCCUCUCCCACCUGGCACCCACUGCCCCCAGCGCCUAGGCACCUGCUCCGAGCCCCUUGAAGCUGCCAGCAGAGCCCUAGAAGACUGCAGCCUGGUAGGUUGACAGAUGAAGAAACUGAGGUGCAGGGAAGACUCCUAGCUUCCCAUAGUCACACAGGUGGGAUGAAGCAGCACAGAGGAUCCACCCGACCCUGCGUCAGCUGCUAGUUGCUUGGAUCACCUUGUGUGCCUGGCCUCACCUUUCACGUGACCCCACCCCAUGCUCCAGCUGCACUAGGCCUCGGCUCCACCAGAUAUGAGAGUCUGCAGGCCGCCCUGCACUGCCUAGAUUGGCUCCUUGCUCUUGCCCUAUGCCACCCCUGCUCUCACUCAAGAUAAUUCAAGACACCACCAGCCUCAUCAGCCUCAUCAGGAUCCUGGGCUGGCCCCCCUACUCCAGCUCACCGUGAGAGGGAGACCCAGCCAGAAGACGCCUCCAAGCUCUGCAUGAGCCAGAUUUCACACUGAGCAGCUGCAGACGGAGAAAUCAGAGAAAGCACAACCCAGCCUCAGAUUCCGAGGGGCCUGCUGGGGACUCUUUCCUGCUCAGAAGGAAGACCCUGAGGCAGCUGUCUCAGGCCAGGUCCUGGCUGCAAUGGAACUUACCACCACUGAUCCCCAGCUGCCCUCUGCACUGCCGGGCAGAUAAGGACAAGCCCUGCCCAGGACCACCUGCUACCUGCUGCUGGGCUGCUCCUCUGUGACCAGCCCUUCCUCGACUUUGGCCACCUUUGCUGACCUGAGGCCAUGUAGGCCCCACUUGGGCCUCUGUGAAUAGAACACCACUGGGGAAGCCACCUCUGCUCUCUGGGGGACCCAGUGCACCACCAUGCCCCGGGAACUCGUCUGGCUGCGCUAUCUUGGGAUCCUCCUUGGCAUGGCCUUGGGGAACGAGGGAUUGGAGUUGUGGCCCUUGACUCAGAGUGAGGAGUGUGCCAUCACUGGCUUUCUGCGGGACAAGCUGCAGUACAGGAACCGCCUUCAAUAUAUGAAACACUACUUCCCCAUCAAUUACAGGGUCAGUGUGCCUUAUGAGGGGGUGCUUCGAAUAGCCAACAUCACCAGGCUGCAGAGGGCCCGGGUGAGCCAGCAGGAGCUGCGGUAUCUGUGGGUCUUGGUGAGUCUUAGUGCUACCGAGUCAGUGCAGGAGGUUCUGCUCGAGGGCCAUCCAUCCUGGAAGUACCUGGAGGAGGUACAAAGGCUGCUGCUGGAUGUCCAGCAAGGCCUCACGGGUGUGGAGGUCAGCCCCCAGGUGGAAGCGGUGUUGUCCCUCCUGAGUGCCCCAGGAAGCCUGAAGCUGGUGCGGCCCAAAGCCCUUUUGGACAACUGCUUCCGGGUCAUGGAGCUGCUGUACUGCUCUUGCUGUAAACAAAGCUCCGUCCUAAAUUGGCAGGACUGUGAGGUGCCAAGCCCUCAGCCUCACAGCCCAGAGCCCUUGUCACAUUGUGUGACUGCCCUGCUGUACCCUCCGCCCCAGCAGUCCCUCACCUCCCUGCCUGGCUCCUCGGGAUCCAUGGCCAGACUGCCGGCUCAGUGAAGCUGCUGAGGGUAAAGGCCUCCUGCCCUGAGUGGUCUGAAUGGUGACCUGGGUAAGGCAGCUGAAGGAGUUCUUGCAAGAGAUGGACUGGGCCUAAGACUUCACUGGGUGGUGGUGGGGAGAACUUCUUGGGAGAGGAGGCCCAGGGUCAGGGGCUUCCUCUGAGGGGAUUCUGUGCCUGAGAAGGCUCCGCUUCCCAUCUUCUGUACCUCACAUGGUCUCACCUGGAGUGGUGAGGGCUGGGGACACCUGAAGGUGGACAAAGACAGAGCCUGUGGCCCCUCCUGGCACUGCCCAGCUCCUCUUCCCUGAAGGCAGUGCUGAUUGUCUCCUGAGCCCAAAAAGGCAAGAGCUGUUCCAGGUGGGCAUGGUGGGGACAUGACUCAGCAGGGCCAGGAGAGGGCAAAAAGCCUGGGGAGAGGGCAGAGCCACAUCUUUUAUUUUUUUCUAUUAAACACCCGCUUUGUUUUGGUUU